GACGCCGGCCCUCCCCAGGGGGCUCCGACCUGCCCGGACUCCCUGAGAUCUGGCUGAGGCCCGGCUCCAGGCGCAGGGCAGCCAUGCCGCGCAGCCCCACGUCCAGUGAGGACGAGAUGGCCCAGAGCUUCUCCGAUGACUCCGUGGGCUCCGAGUCGGACAGCUCCAAGGAGGAGACCAUCUACGACACCAUCCGGGCCACGGCGCAGAAGCCCGGCAGCGCCAGGACGGAGGAGAGCCAGGGCAACACGCUGGUCAUCCGCAUCCUCAUCCAGGACCUGCAGCAGACGAAGUGCAUCCGGUUCAACCCCGACGCCACGGUGUGGGUGGCCAAGCAGCGGAUCCUGUGCUCGCUGAACCAGAGCCUGAAGGACGUGCUGAACUACGGGCUGUUCCAGCCGGCCAGCAACGGGCGGGACGGCAAGUUCCUGGACGAGGAGCGGCUGCUGCGGGAGUACCCGCAGCCCGCGGGCCAGGGCGUGCCCUCGCUGGAGUUCCGAUACAAGAAGCGGGUGUACAAACAGGCCCAUCUGGACGAGAAGCAGCUGGCCAAGCUCCACAGCAAGGCCAACCUGAAGAAAUGCAUGGACUACAUUCAGCACCGCUCGGUGGAGAAGAUCGUGAAGAUGCUGGACCGAGGCCUGGACCCGAAUUUCCAUGACCUGGACACUGGAGAGACGCCCCUGACCUUGGCGGCCCAGCUGGACGACCCCGCGGAGGUGAUCAAGGCCCUGAGGAACGGCGGGGCGCACCUGGACUUCCGUGCCAAAGACGGGAUGACGGCCCUGCACCGAGCCGCCCGAGCCAGGAACCAGGUGGCCCUGAAGACCCUCUUGGAGCUGGGCGCCUCCCCGGACUACAAGGACAGCUACGGCCUCACGCCGCUGUACCACACGGCCAUCGUUGGGGGCGACCCCUACUGCUGCGAGCUGCUGCUGCACGAGCGCGCGGCCGUCUGCUGCGAGGACGAGAACGGCUGGCACGAGAUCCACCAGGCCUGCAGGUACGGCCACGUGCAGCACCUGGAGCACCUGCUCUUCUACGGCGCGGACAUGGGGGCCCAGAACGCGUCGGGGAACACCGCCCUGCACAUCUGCGCGCUCUACAACCAGGACAGCUGUGCGCGGGUGCUGCUGUUCCGGGGCGGCGACAAGGAGCUGAAGAACUUCAACAGCCAGACCCCGUUUCAGGUGGCCAUCAUAGCGGGCAACUUCGAGCUGGCGGAGUACAUCAAGAACCACAAGGAAACGGACAUCGUGCCCUUCCGCGAGGCCCCGGCGUACUCCAACCGCAGGCGGCGGGCCCCCAACACGCUGGCCGCCCCCCGGGUCCUGCUGCGUUCCAACAGCGACAACAACCUCAACUCCGGCGCGCCCAGCUGGGCCGUCUGCAACGCCGCCACCGCCGCCGCCGCCCACCGCAGCCUCUCGCCCCAGCUGCCGCAGCAGACGACCGGCCCCGCCGACGGGGCCCUGCGGACCAUCGGCAGCUACAUCCCCGGGCCCCGCAGCCGGUCCCCGUCGCUCAACAGGCUCGGCGGCGCCGGCGAGGAUGGCAAGAGGCCCCAGCAGGCCUGGCAUGUGGGGCCGACCUUCCCACCCGUGGCCAACAAGGACGCCUUCUCCACCGUCGAGUACCCGGGGCCCAAGCGGAAGCUGUACAGCGCGGUGCCUGGGAGACUCUUCGUUGUCGUCAAGCCAUACCAACCCCAGGUCGACGGCGAGAUCCCCCUGCACCGGGGCGACAGGGUCAAAGUUCUGAGCAUCGGCGAAGGGGGCUUCUGGGAAGGCAGUGCCCGCGGCCACAUCGGGUGGUUCCCGGCCGAGUGCGUGGAGGAGGUGCAGUGCCGGCCCAAGGACAGCCAGGCAGAAACCCGGGCGGACCGCAGCAAGAAGCUCUUCCGGCACUACACCGUGGGCUCGUACGACAGCUUCGAUGCCUCCAGUGACUGCAUCGUCGAGGAGAAGACGGUGCUCCUGCAGAAGAAGGACAAUGAGGGCUUCGGGUUCGUCCUGCGCGGGGCGAAAGCGGACACCCCCAUUGAGGAGUUCACGCCCACGCCGGCGUUCCCGGCCCUGCAGUACCUGGAGUCCGUGGACGAAGGUGGGGUCGCGUGGCAAGCCGGACUGAGGACCGGGGACUUCUUGAUUGAGGUUAACAGCGAGAACGUGGUGAAGGUCGGUCACCGGCAGGUGGUGACCAUGAUCCGCCAGGGCGGGAACCACCUGGUCCUCAAGGUGGUCACGGUGACCAGGAGUCUUGACCCCGAUGACACCGCCAGGAAGAAAGCGCCCCCGCCUCCCAAGCGCGCUCCGACCACGGCCCUCACGCUGCGCUCCAAGUCCAUGACCUCGGAGCUGGAGGAGCUCGUGGACAAAGCCUCCGUCCGGAAGAAGAAGGAUAAGCCGGACGAGACCGUCCCCGCCGCCAGGCCGUCCCGAGCUGCGGAGAGCGUGGCCGUGGAGUCCCGGGUGGCCACCAUCAAGCAGCGGCCCACCAGCCGGUGCUUCCCGUCCGUCUCCGACAUGAACUCUGCGUACGAACGCCAGGGGAUCGCCGUGAUGACGCCCACUGUUCCCGGGAGCCCGAAAGGCCCGUUUCUGGGCCUCCCUCGAGGUACGAUGCGAAGGCAGAAAUCAAUAGACAGCAGACUCUUUCUAUCAGGGAUAACGGAGGAAGAGCGGCAGUUCCUGGCCCCUCCGACACUGAAGUUCACCAGAAGCCUGUCCAUGCCGGACACGUCCGAGGACAUCCCCCCCCCACCCCAGUCCGUGCCCCCGUCCCCACCGCCACCUUCCCCCACCACCUACAACUGCCCCAAGUCCCCAACUCCGAGGGUCUACGGGACGAUUAAGCCUGCGUUCAACCAGAACUCCGCCGCCAAGGUGUCGCCGGCGGCCCGCUCUGACACGGUGGCCACCAUGAUGAGGGAGAAGGGGCUGUACUACCGCAGGGAGCUGGACCGCUACUCACUGGACUCCGACGACGUCUACAGCCGGGCCCCCGCCACCCAGGCCGCCCUCCGCGGCAAGAGGGGCCAGAUGCCGGAGAACCCGUACUCGGAGGUGGGCCGGAUCGCCAGCAAGGCCGUGUACGUGCCCGCCAAGCCCGCCCGGCGGAAGGGCAUGCUGGUGAAGCAGUCCAACGUGGAGGACAGCCCCGAGAAGACGUGCUCCAUCCCCAUCCCCACCAUCAUCGUCAAGGAGCCGUCGACCAGCAGCAGCGGGAAAAGCAGCCAGGGCAGCAGCAUGGAGAUCGACCCUCAGGCCUCCGAGCAGCCGGGCCAGCUGCGGCCGGAUGACAGCCUGACCGUCAGCAGCCCCUUCGCCGCCGCCAUCGCCGGGGCCGUGCGCGACCGGGAGAAGCGGCUAGAAGCCAGGAGGAACUCGCCGGCCUUCCUCUCCACGGACCUGGGGGACGAGGACGUGGGUCUGGGGCCGCCUGCCCCCCAGGGACUGCCCCCCGAUUUCCCUGAGGAGGGCGACUUCGGGGACGAGGAGGGCGCCGAGCCGCUCCCGCUGCCCGCAAUGCCGGGGGCGGCGCCCAGGGAGCCUGAGAGCCGCUUUGUGGGUGGUGGCGAGGCUGCAGCUCAGGGUGAGGCCGGCAGGCCGCCGAAUUCCGUGUCCAAAGCCAAGGGCCCCGAGAGCAGCCCCGCGGUGCCCCCCAAGAGUGGCGGCGCUGCCGGCCCCGAGAACUACGUCCACCCGCUCACGGGGCGGCUGCUGGACCCCAGCUCCCCGCUGGCGCUGGCGCUUUCUGCCCGGGACCGCGCCCUGAGGGAGUCCCAGCAGGGCCCCAAGGGAGAGGCCCCCAAGGCCGACCUCAACAAACCUCUUUACAUCGAUACCAAAAUGCGGCCGGGCAUGGAGGCGGGCUUCCCCACCGUCACCAGGCAGAACACGCGGGGGCCCCUGAGGCGGCAGGAGACGGAGAACAAGUACGAGAGCGACCUGGGCAAGGACCGGAAGGGCGACGACAAGAAGAACAUGCUCAUCAACAUCGUGGACACGUCCCAGCAGAAGUCGGCCGGUCUGCUGAUGGUGCACACUGUGGACGCCGCCAAGCCGGGCGACUUCCUGGAGGAAGAGGACGAGAGAGCCGACGGGGAAACCGAGCCGGACAGCUCGCCGCCUGAGGUGCCAGAAGGUGUUCCCGAAACCGAAGGUGCUCUACAGAUCUCCGCCGGCCCCGAGCCCGCCGCCACCACACCCGGCAGGACCAUGGUGGCAGCGGGCUCCAUGGAGGAGGCGGUGAUCUUGCCAUUCCGCAUCCCUCCCCCACCUCUGGCUUCCGUGGACCUGGACGAGGACUUCGUUUUUGCAGAGCCAUUGCCUCCUCCCCUGGAAUUCGCAAACAGUUUUGAUAUCCCCGACGACCGCGCGGCCUCUGUCCCCCCUCUCACGGACUUGGGGAAGCAGAAGAAAAACGACACCUCCCCACCCCCAUCGCUGAACUCCAGCCAGCCGACCAAUCCCGCAGACAGCAAGAAGCCGGCCAGCCUCUCGAACUGCCUGCCCGCCUCAUUCCUGCCGCCCCCUGAGAGCUUCGACACCGUCACGGACUCGGGCAUCGAGGAGGCGGACAGCCGCAGCAGCAGCGACCACCACCUCGAGACGACCAGCACCGUCUCCACGGUGUCCAGCAUCUCCACCCUGUCCUCCGAGGGGGGCGAGGGCGCGGACACCUGCACCGUCUACGCCGACGGGCAGGCGUUCGUGGCCGACAAGCCCCCCGUCCCUCCUAAGCCCAAAGUGAAGCCCGUCGUCCACAAGAGCAACGCGCUUUACCAGGACGCCCUGGUGGAAGAGGACGUGGACAGCUUCGUCAUCCCCCCGCCCGCGCCCCCGCCCCCGCCCGGCGGCGGCCCGCCCGGGACCCUGAAAGGGAUCCAGCCAAGGACCUCCAAGUUGUGGGGUGAUGUCUCAGAGGUCAGAGGCCCGAUCCUCUCGGGCCCAAAGGCAAACGUGAUCAGUGAAUUGAACUCAAUCCUGCAGCAAAUGAACCGAGAGAAAUCGGCCAAGCCGGGGGAAGGACUAGACGUGCCCAUGGGGACCAAGCCGGCCGGCCUCGCUCCCAGGAGCCCGGAGGCCCUGAGUGCCACCUCAGGUGCACGGAGCACGACCGUCACCUUCACUGUCCGCCCUGGGGCCUCUCAGCCCAUCACCCUGCAGAGCCGGCCCCCCGACUACGAAAGCAGGACCUCAGGGACCAGACGGGCCCCGAGCCCCGUGGUCUCGCCUACAGAGGCGAACAAGGAGAUUCUCCCUGCCCCCCUCUCCGCGGCCGCCGCGGCCCCGUCCCCCACUCUGCCCGAGGUCUUCAGCCUUCCAAGCCAGCCCCCAUCCGGGGACCUGUUUGGCUUGAACCCAGCGGGACGCAGCAGGUCCCCUUCUCCCUCAAUCCUGCAACAGCCCAUCUCAAAUAAGCCUUUCACAACUAAGCCCGUCCACCUGUGGACUAAGCCAGACGUGGCGGACUGGCUGGAAAGCCUGAACUUGGGGGAGCACAAAGAGACCUUCAUGGACAACGAGAUCGACGGCAGCCACUUGCCGAACCUCCAGAAGGAAGACCUGAUAGACCUCGGGGUGACCCGGGUGGGACACAGGAUGAACAUAGAAAGGGCUCUGAGGCAGCUGCUGGACAGAUAAGGACGGCUGCCCUCGGCCUCCGCGGACUUCGUGUUCUAAGUAGAGAUGGGCUGACACUCAGACGUUUGCAUGGCCGAGCGCGGUCUGUGAGCACCGACCCCAUGUCGUGGGUUCGUCCCAGUACCCAAAGAAACACGGAGUGUGUCUACGGCGUGGCCGAGCAGAGGCCUUGGAAGUCCCCGGCUCUCUACGUGGGUUCCUUGAGCUGUUUCUGUCCAACGAGGGACGAGGGGAGGGAGUUUUUCUAACCCAGAAAGGGAUUCACAGCUUGCCUCCCAGCAUGCGGGCAACCUCACUUGGCCAGGUCCCAGAGACGCCCGUCGCUGAGCCGGGGGCCCAGCUCUUGCGGGCAGACACCAAUGUGCUCCAGAUACCUCCUGAGGCCUCCCUCCCGCCCCCGGGCAGCUAGCCCCCGGCCCCGCAGCAGGCCCCUGCGUGGGCUGCGGCCACGACAGCCCUCUGUGCUCGCCGGCUCCUUUCCUCCCUGCACUUGCCCGCAGUGGGGCGCCCUGGGCGUGUCCGUCCGGGGUCCCUUCUCGGGCCUGAAAGUAGAGAACCUUUGUCCUCGUAGACCCCUCGCGCCCGCUCCUGCGAGGCAGCUCCUCUGCCUCGAGGGUCCUAGCAGUGGGGGCGGCGUGGGGCCGUGCCCGGCUUUGCUCAGCUUUCUUUAUUCCUGCAAGUCGGUCAGCACCCUUCCAGAGCGGCCGCACCGGCGUCCCGUGGGCUGGUCAUAGCACAGUGGUGAUUCCCAGGGGGUGGGACACCCGGCCACGGGAGGCGGCAUGUGCCCCUGCCGGGGUCCGGAGUCCCCACACUGAUGACAGCCAUCGUCUGCCGGGAACAUCGCCCCCGGCCUGGGAGAAGGGGUCCCCUGCCUUUCGGAAUCUGUUUCUAAUGGAAAGCACGUUGCGUCCUGCCACGAGCAGAGCAGGUGAGCGUCCACUCUGACGCAGGGUGAACGCUGGCCAGGUGCUGCCGCCGGGGCGGCCAGGG